AUGUCACUUAAUAUUAUAGGGGAUUUUAAUUUUUUUCAAAUUCUCCUUUCUUUUGUUGUUGGUGUCGUGGUGCUGAUAUUUUUCAAAUCAUUUCUUCGCAGACGUCAGUACCUUGUAGAAGCAGUUCCCAAGUCAAUUUUGGUUCCACGUGCCUACACAUUAGAGGAAUUGAGCGAAUACGAUGGUGUUAAGAACCCAAUGUCGUUUGUUGGUGUUCGUGGUGUUAUUUACAACUGCUCUAAUGAGUUCUAUGGCGCUAACGGACCUUAUAAUGCAUUUGCAGGCCGUGAUAGCUCACGACAAUUGGGUAAAAUGAAAGUUGGUCGUGAAGAGUCUAAUGCUGAUUGGACCACACUGGCUUUAGAUCAUUUGAUUACACUAAAUGAAUGGGAGGAGCGACUUCGCAGCAAGUACGAAGCAGUGGGAUGGAUUAUUCCCCCUGAUGAUUUCUCCAAGCGGGCAGAGGCGUUUGAUCCAUAG